GAAUGCAGCAUUGCUAUUAGCUUAUAUAUUAUAGCCAAGAAGCUACGCUGCUAUUCAGAUUAGUUUUUAGAUUAUCGAUCAUAACAGUUAUGUCUUUUAAAAGAGAAGGUAAUGAUAAAAGCCAGCUAAAUCUCCUUAAGAAACGUCGUGUGGCAGACCUCUUAUCUAAUUUUAUUCCAGAAGAUGAGGCUGCUCUUAUGAAAAACGGAAGGUACACUUGCCUUGUGUGUUCUUACCGUCCUGUGUUUGAUACAGUCGACAUGUUGGCAGUCCACAGAAAAGGAAAGAGGCAUCUAGACGGGCUAAAAGCAUUUUAUGGCAAGAAAGCACGGCUGAAGACUGAAAUAACAAAACGGCAACAUGAAAACUAUGUCCAGGCAGAAGAAAAAAGGCAGGAGCCCUCCAGUUCAGCCCCAUUACUAGCACAAACACGGAAGCUCACCCAUCAUGUUUUGCUGAAAACUGUACCAUAUAACAGCUGUCAUAGAAAAACCAGUACAAAAUCUGAAAAAGUGACACCAAGUGCCAGCUCAAACCCCAGUGACAACAUGACAUCUGCGUGCUGGGAGUCUGGCAUUUCAGUGAACACGUCACAAAGCAACUCUACUAUCUGUUUAACAGCCAAUAACGAGCCACAUCCAUCAAAAGAUACUGCCGAAUGUCAGGCUGCAGAGAGACAGGAGGCUGAACCCAUUACUGCUCAGAGGAAGAGGGAGCUGGAGCACUAUCUCAAACUGAAAAGUGAUGGGUGGCUGCAAGACCACAGCGGCAAGUGGGUUAAAGACGAGAAUGUCGAGUUUGAUUCAGAUGAGGAAGAGCCGCUUAGCCUUGCCCCAGCGCCUGCAAAUAAAUGAGAGCACCAGAUGGUGUGGACGCACAGAUAAAACCUGUACCAUAGUGGUACGUUCACGAGGCACAGUGCUGCAUAAAACAGACAGCUCAAUGUGAAAAAAAUAUUUAACAGAUUUAUUCUGUUCAUCAGCCUUUUUAUGUUUUGUUUUUUUUAAAGCUACUGAGUGUUCAGCGUCUAACUAUUUCUUCCAUCCAGGAUGUAAUCAAUAGAAGUUGCUACAGAGUCAGUCUUUAUUCAAGUGGCAACUUUUCAUAUCCAGUUAUAUUUUAUGCUUAAGGCUGAACCUUUGUUGGCUUAUCGUAGUCCACCCUGAAAAGCAUUGAGUUGCAGGAAAGUGACAAGAAUUAACCAAUGGUCUCUGAAUUUGAGUACUUAUAAUCCCUAACAGCUUACUUAUCAGGGAGGAAAUCCCUCUACACCCAUAAAGAGUCCCGAAUGGAAGAUUCUGAAAUCAUUUACACCUGUGAAAGAGACAAACCGCUCAUGUUACCGGCACUUUUCCUUAAAAUGUUGUGUGUGAAAUUUUUUUUUUUUUUGUUACAUUAAAAUCCAACACCGCUCCUCCAAUCUGUUGAAAAGAUUUGUGUAAUGUGACCUCUGCUUGUGACCCCCCCACCCC